AUAUUGUUGACUUUUUCUUUUCUUAUUCUUCGUGAUUUCCUCUCCGUUUCCCCAUUCCAAUCGAACUUACGAACUCUAAAUCAUCGCAACAAUGGCAGAUGCCAGCGACGAUAAUCUAUUUGCUGCGGCUCGGGAAAUCGCCAAGUCCCUGGGCAAGGACGACACCGCCGCCGCCGAAAUCCUGCAGAUUCUCUCCGGCUAUGACUCCAGGCUCCGGCCGCGCGUGCGACCCACGCUCGACCGAUCCAUCGAUUCCUUGGAGAGAUUGAUCUCAGGCUACGUGGCGAGCGAUCACCCGAUCUGGUCUGAUCCGACCGACUCUUAUGCCUUCCUCGAUGCGGUGGACGAGCUCGUCGCGUCCGCCGGAGAAUGGAGACCCUUCGCCGGAGAUAAGUCCGCCGCCGUGUGUCUCUCCCGUGCCGAUGAUCUGAUUCAACAGGCGAUGUUCAGGCUCCAGGAUGAGUUCGGUUUUGUCAUGGACCGAGCCGCCGCCGAGUCGUUCGACUCGGACGACGAACUCGCCGGUGACGAGGAAGACGAGGAGAUAAGCCAAACCGAUCAGGUAAUCGUGGCACGUCCUGUAACCGAUCACAAAAUCGUGAUCGAGGCACUACCGUCAAGAGUUAUCGCAGAUCUAAACGCGAUCUGCUCGAGAGUGUACAGCGGCCGCCGGAGAGAAUUUCUAGAGGAGAGCUUGUCGCGGCUGCGGUUACGGGGGCUGAACAUGGAGGAAGUUCAAGAGACGCCAUGGCGAGACCUUGAAGACGAGAUCGACCGCUGGACCAAAGCCAUGACAAUCUCCUUCCGGGUUUUCUUCCCGAGCGAGCGUCUCCUCUCCGACCGCGUCUUCUCCGGGAUCUCCUCCUCCGUCGUGGAUCUAUCGUUCAUGGAAGUUUGCCGUGGAGCCACUACACAGCUUCUGAACUUCGCGGACGCGGUCGCGAUCGGUAGCAGAUCGCCAGAACGUUUGUUCAAGGUCAUGGACAUCUACGAGGCCGUACAUGACCUAAUGCCCGCCAUGGAAACGCUCUUCUCCGACCAGUACUGUUCGCCCAUGAAACAUGAGGCGGCUGCGUUACAGAAGCGGUUAGGAGAAGCGAUAAGAGGUAUAUUCAUGGAGCUAGAGAAUUUGAUCCGACGUGAUCCAGCGAAAACGGCUUAUCCAGGUGGAGGGAUUCACCCCAUCACAAGGUACGUCAUGAACUACCUUCGUGCCGCCUGCAACUCGAAGCAGACACUGGAGCAAGUCAUGGAGGAGACAAACAAGGAAUCUUUGCCCAACACGAGUAGGCCUUUGUCCGUACAAGUCGGGUGGGUCUUGGAACUGCUGGAGAGUAACUUGGAGGCCAAGUCUAGGGUUUACAGGGAUCCAUCGUUGUGCUUUGUGUUCAUGAUGAACAAUGUGAAGUACAUUCUCGACAAGGUCACGGGAAGCGAUCUCGGGUCGGUUCUAGGCGACGAAUGGGUCGUGAAACAUGCCGCAAAGCUGCGGCAACUGCAUUCGAAUUACCGAAGGAGCUCGUGGGUUCGAGUGGUGGGAAUGCUCGAGGCCGAGAAUCAGUACCUGAAGCUGAUAGAGACUCUUAGAGCGUUCAAAACCAGGUUCGAGGAGAUAUGUCGGAUUCAAUCCGAAUGGGUUGUCCCUGACGAGCAACUGAAGGAGGAGCUGAGAAGCUCGGUCGCCGGACUCGUGUUGCCGGCGUACGGAAAACUCAUCGGAAAGUUGAAGGAGUCGCCGGAGGUUAGGAGGCGUGGAGAGCCGUACAUUGGGUACAGCGUCGAAGACUUGGAGGUUCGUAUUAAGGGCUUGUUCAAGGAGAGCUCAAAUUGAAUAAAAACUAUUGUAUUCAACUGUCAUCUGUUAUCAAGACAAAUUCAAAAUCUGAAUUAAGUUUUAUUAUA